CCACGUAUUGGUUCUAAUCCCCUCUCUCAAAUAUUCCAAGAUUUCUUCCUGCUGACCGAAAAAAACAUUCCAAUCAUGGCUCUGACACCCAACAAAAAUGAUCCAUCACCUACCUAUGUAGAAACCGUUGAAGAAAUCAUGAAAUCCUACAAAUCACUCCCGCCUAGACCCUCUAUUGAAGAGGUUGAAGCAGCCAUGUCUGUUGUCAAAACAGUUAACUAUGAAGAGCAAGAAAGACUUGAAGAGAUUUCCAAGGAAGUUGCUCCGCAAGAUGUUCCACCAGAACUCUUUUCUGUGCUACAAGAAGUGAGGAAAUCCAAGGUUUUGUUCAGAAGCCAUGAACAGAUGAAAGAGGCAGUUCACUUAGUUGAACUCGACAAGAUUUUUCAGACAUUUGAUGAGCUUAUUCAGAGGGCUUCUGAGUUAGUUUCUGGGAAGACCUCUCCGGAAAAAGAGCUCAAUCUUGGUGGCCCAGAUGGUGAAAUUGGGAUAGAAGUGGUGAUCAGCGAUGAUGAGAGUGUCCGUAGGAAUGAAGAGCCAAAGAUUGAGGAUUCAAAAGGAAUGUCCUUGAAUGCUUCUUCUGAGCCUCCUUCAAUUCCUUCAGCUGCAAAGUAUGAAGAGUCUAAGCAACUAAGUCUAAUGAGAGUGGCUGCCAUAAUUGAAAGUUCUGCUAAAGCUGAAGCAGAGUUCCUUGAUCUUCAGGGUAAAUUGAUGGACAAGAUUGAGUGGCUUCCAUUGUCACUUGGAAAAUUAUCGCAUAUCAUUGAGCUAAAUAUAGCAGACAAUAAUCUCAUGGUUCUUCCCUCUACUAUUGGUAGCCUCAAGUCAUUGAGAAAGCUUGAUGUCCACUCCAACCAACUAUUUAACCUUCCUGAUUCAUUUGGUGAACUGCUUGGCCUAACUGAUCUGGACCUGCAUGCAAACAGGUUGAGGUCACUGCCAGCUUCAUUUAAGAACUUAAAGGACCUGAUCAGUCUUGAUUUAAGUUCAAAUCGGUUUGCUCAUUUGCCAGAUGCAAUUGGGAAUCUGACUUCUUUGAAGAAGCUUAGUGUGCAAUUAAACGAGCUUGAAGAGCUUCCUUAUACAAUUGGAUCAUGUCUGUUGCUUGUAGAGCUAAGAUUAGACUUCAAUCAGCUCAAAGCUCUUCCUCUUUCAAUCAGUAAGCUCCAGUACUUGGAGAUUCUUACUUUGCACUAUAAUAGAAUCAAAGUACUGCCUACCAUGGGGAAUCUUUUACAUCUGAAAGAACUUGAUGUCAGCUUCAAUGAACUUGAGAGUAUACCUGAAAGCCUAUGUCACGCAGUUAGCCUGAAAAAAUUGAAUGUUGGGAAGAAUUUUUCAGACCUGCGAGCUUUGCCAAAAUCAAUUGGAAAUCUUGAACUGCUUGAAGAGCUGGAUAUCAGUGACAAUCAAAUAUUUGUGUUGCCCGAUUCUUUCAGAUUCCUCGCAAAUUUAAAAGUUUUCCACGCUGACCAGACACCUCUAGAAUUGCCACCAACGGAAAUAGCAAAGCUUGGCGCCGAGGCCGUUGUCAAUUUCAUGGCUGAAUUUGUUACUACAAGGGAUAUGAGACCUCAAAGGCCAGUGAAGCAGAGAGGAUUUUGUCUCCAGUUCUUUGUCAAUUGCUUUCGGGUCGAGACAGCAUGAAAUCAUCAAUACAAGAAAGAAUUGAAGUGUAUUCAUUUGCUGAUAUGUAUAUAGCCUUCCCCUCAGACAUAUACACACCACCUUCAGUGCAAGAAAGAAUUUAUAAGCUUAGUCAUUUGCUUAUAUGUAUAUAGUCUCCUUCUCACACAUAUACACACCACCAUCAACAGAAAUGAAAAUUGCAAGUGAAUCAAUAUCUAUAGAUAGAUGCAAGAGGGGUUGGUUGAGUUUGUUCAUUGUUGUGUGUAUUUGCAAGCUAAUGUGCAAAAGUCG